AUGCUGGUCGGCCUUUCCGGUGUUCUCGCCGGAUACAACGGUUCCUUCGAGUUCAAGUCGGGCGAGAAAUACCCCGAGGACGUCAACUACACCUUCAUGCGUGCAUUCAACGCCUUCUUCGGCAUCGUUUGUGUUCCCAUGGCCUACUAUACCGCGCGAGAGCUCAAGUUUAAGCGCGCGACUGUCUGGCUUGUUGCCUUGAUGGUCCUGUGCGAGAACUCGUAUACCACUAUCAGCCGAUUCAUCCUUCUCGAUUCUAUGCUUCUGUGCGGUACCUUUGCCACCGUCCUGUGUUGGUCAAAGUUCCACAACCAGCGCAACAACAGCUUCGCCCCUGAGUGGUUCUUCUGGCUCUUCAUGACUGGUCUGAGCAUUGGUUGUGUGUGUAGUGUCAAGCUCGUUGGCCUCUUCGUCACUGCCCUCGUUGGUCUUUACACCGUCGAGGAUCUCUGGAACAAGUUUGGCGACACCCGCAUGUCCAUUCCCACGCUCGGCGCUCACGUCUUCACCCGCGUCAUCGGCUUGAUUAUCAUCCCUAUGAUUGUUUACAUGUUCUCCUUCUAUCUGCACUUCCUCAUUCUCGACCACUCUGGUCCUGGUGAUGCCCAAAUGAGCUCUCUCUUCCAAGCCAACCUCAAGGGCACUGAUGUCGGACGCAAUAGCCCUCUCGAGGUUGCCUACGGCUCCCGAUUGACUCUGAAAAACAUGGGUUAUGGUGGUGGCCUCCUCCACUCCCAUAUCCAAACUUACCCCGACGGUUCUGGUCAGCAGCAGGUCACUUGCUAUCACCACAAGGAUACCAACAAUGACUGGUUCAUCUACCCCAACCGCGAUGAUCUGCCCUAUGUUGAGGAGGAUGAGCCGCGCUUCAUCGGUGACAAGGAUGUUAUCCGUUUGAUCCACGCCCAGACUGGCCGCAACCUUCACACCCACGACAUCGCCGCCCCUGUGACCAAGGGAGAGAAGGAGGUUUCUUGCUAUGGCAAUGUCACCGUUGGCGACGCAAAGGACCACUGGAAGGUCGAGGUUAUCCGUGAUGUUGCCUCCAGCGACCGCAGCCGUAUUCGAACCCUGACAACCUCAUUCCGUCUCAAGAAUUCCGUGCUUGGAUGCUACCUCCGUGCUGGCAACACCAACCUCCCUCAGUGGGGUUUCAAGCAGAUUGAGGUUACUUGUACCAAGGCCAACAACCCUCGCGAUGCUUAUACUCACUGGAAUAUCGAGGCGCAUACCAACGACAAGCGUAGCGAUCCCGCCGUGUACAAGUCCCCUUUCUUCCACGACUUCAUCCACCUCAAUGUUGCCAUGAUGACUUCGAACAACGCCCUUGUUCCCGACCCGGAUAAGCAGGAUGACCUUGCUUCCAAGUGGUGGCAGUGGCCCAUUCUCCACGUCGGUCUUAGGAUGUGCAGCUGGGAUGACAAGGUGGUCAAAUACUUCCUGCUCGGCAACCCUCUCGUGUACUGGGGCUCGACUGCCAGUAUCGGCGUCUUUGGCCUAGUCGUGGCUUGGUACCUCAUUCGCUGGCAGCGUGGGUACAAGGAACUGAGCCUCCAGGACAUUGACCACAUCCACUACGCGGGUAUCUACCCCAUCAUCGGCUGGGUCCUUCAUUAUCUUCCCUCUGCCGUCAUGGCCCGUGUCACCUACGUACACCACUACUACCCGGCCCUAUACUUCGCUGUUCUGAUUUUCGCCUUCCUCGUCGAUUGGUUUGUCCGAGGCAAGAACAAGACCGUGCAGUACGCGGUUUUUGGUUUCCUCUACACCCUCACCAUCGGUCUCUACGUCUACUUCAUCCCAAUCUGCUGGGGUAUGACCGGUCCUAACCGCCAGUACAGCUACAUGAAGUGGUUCAACAACUGGCGUGUGUCGGAUUAA